AUGGACUUCAGCAAUAACAGUUUCCAUGGUAUAUUGCCUAAGGAAUUGGCUUGCUUGCGUCGGUUGAAGUUUAUCAGCUUGGGAAACAACAAGUUCGUGAGUGUCAUUCCGUCAUGGUAUGAACUAAAACUAUCUGUCACCAACAAGUUCAUGGGAGUCAUUCCAUCAUGGUAUGAACUAAAACUAUCUGUCACCAACAAGUUCAUGGGAGUCAUUCCAUCAUGGUUUGGCUCCUUAUUCAAACUUCAAGUAUUCAGUUUGUUUGGUAAUCAAUUUUCAGGUUCCAUACCAGCUACAAUCUUCAACUUAUCUGCUCUGCAAAUAAUUGAUCUGAGUUAUAACCAACUCUCAGAAAUUCCAAAUGCGAUUGGCACUUUGAAUCAUCUGGAAGAAUUGUUUGUUCAAAACAAUGCCUUAAAAGGGCCUAUCCCUAUGACUAUCUUCAACAUGUCAUCUUUGACUAUUGUAGCUUUCCAUGAAAACAACUUGAGUGGUAGACUUCCUGACAAUAUUUGUCAAAAUCUUUCGAAUAUUCAAGAGUUGUAUUUGGAUGAAAAUCAGUUUAAUGGUCCACUUCCAUCCAAGUUAUGGCAAUGCAAACAACUUCUUACUUUAAACUUGGCGGCUAACAGCUUGACAGGUUCCAUACCAUAUGAGAUUGGUUAUCUUCCAAAUUUAGAGAUAUUGGGGCUCGGUGAGAAUAAUCUAAAUGGCCAUAUCCCAUCCUCAAUCUUCAAUAUCUCCACAAUAACAGUAUUAGAUCUGGGAGGUAAUCAGCUUUCAGGUAGUCUCCCAACAGACAUAGGCCUUGCGUUUCCAAAACUAGACCUGUUUUAUGCAGGAGCGAAUCACCUCAGUGGAGUAAUCCCUAAAUCCAUCUCCAAUGCUUCUGAGCUUCGGUUUCUAUACCUGGGAGGUAACUCUUUUUCUGGAUAUAUUCCAACCACUCUGUGCCUCUUGACAAACCUUAAAGAGCUCAGAUUGUACGAGAAUAAUUUGACCAUUGAUACCUCUACUCCAGAACUUAAUAUUUUUUCUUGUCUGCCAAAUCUUAGAAAUUUGGGGUAUUUAUCCUUCCAAGACAAUCCAUUAAAUGCGAAGCUUUCGAUUUCCUUCAGUAAUUUCUCUGCAUCACUUCAAAAUCUUUAUUUAGGAAAUUGCAGAUUCAGAGGUAACAUCCCCAGUGAUAUUGGGAAUUUGAGUAGCUUGAUACUUUUAGCCCUCAGCCACAAUCAAUUGAGCGGGCCAAUUCCAAGCUCAAUGGGAAGACUGCAUAAUCUUCAAGGUUUGUAUAUGCAUGAUAACACAUUGCAAGGACACAUUCCAGAUGAGCUUUGUAAACUAGAAGACUUAUUUGAAUUGGACUUGGGUGGGAAUCAACUCUCUGGUUCUGUACCUUCCUGCUUGGGUAAUCUAACAGCAUCUCUAGGAAAUCUAUACUUGAAGUCCAAUUUGUUGAAUUCCACAAUACCAUCUACCUUGUGGGGACUUACAGAUAUCUUGCAACUAGACUUGUCAUCCAAUUCUCUAAUUGGACCUCUAUCAGAUGCUGUUGGUAAUUUGAAAGUUGCUGUAUACAUAAAUGUAUCAUACAACCAAUUAUCUGGGACCGUACCAAGUAGCAUUGGGAGUUUAGUGAGUUUGGUCAAUCUCUCCUUAGCACAUAACAAUCUAGAAGGCCCUAUUCCUAGUUCCUUUGCUACCUGCUUAAGCUUAGAACUGUUGGAUUUAUCUCGAAAUAGUUUCACUGGAGUGAUUCCAAAGUCUCUAGAAGCACUCUCAUAUCUCAAGCAUCUGAAUUUGUCUUUCAACAAACUCCAAGGAGAAAUUCCAAGUGGCGGUCCUUUCAAAAACUUCUCUGUUGAAUCAUUUAUUUCCAACCGUGGACUCUGUGGUGCAUCCCAAUUUGAAGUUCCACCAUGCAAGAGAAAAACUAGUAUGUCUAUCUUGAAAUAUGUUAUUCCGGGGAUCUUGUCAGCAAUGCUUCUAGCGACCUCCAUAUUUUGGAUGCUGAUGUUACGCAGAAAAAAGAAUGUGAAAGCUGCAACACACACUAUCUUGGCACCUCAAGUUCUCUGGAGAAGAGUUUCAUACCAAGAGCUCCUAUGUGCGACAGAUGGAUUCAAUGAAAAUAACUUACUUGGUACUGGUGGUUUUGGCUCAGUAUAUAAAGGAACAUUGUCAGAUGGGAUAGAGGUUGCGAUAAAGGCUUUCAAUUUGGAGUUAGAAGGGGCAUUUACAAGUUUUGAGGUUGAAUGUGAAGUGCUAAGUAAUGUUCGUCACCGAAAUCUUGUCAAAGUCAUCAGUUGCUGCAGUCAAAUUGAUUUCAAAGGUCUUGUAUUGAAUUACAUGCCUAAUGGGAGCCUUGAGAAGUGGUUUUAUUCUCAGAAUUCUUCUUUCCACAUAAUGCAAAGGUUGGAUAUAAUGAUAGAUGUUGCAUCGGCAUUAGAGUACCUUCAUCAUGGUUAUGAAGUACCUAUUGUCCAUUGUGAUUUGAAGCCAAGCAACAUCCUACUAGAUGAUGAUAUGGUUGCACAUGUUGCUGAUUUUGGUAUUGCGAGACUUCUGGGUGGAGGAGAUUCUAUGACUCAAACCAUGACCUUGGCCACAAUUGGGUAUAUGGCUCCAGAGUAUGGAAUGCAAGGAAUAGUGACCAGAAGAGGUGAUGUGUAUAGUUUUGGUAUUGUAGUGAUGGAAACAUUCACAAGAAGGAAGCCAACCGAUGAGAUCUUCGCUGGGGAAAUGAGACUAAAUCAAUGGGUCGCAAAUUUCCUAGUUGCAGAUGCGAUAGUUGAAGUUGUGGAUGCUAGUUUACUUGGAAGCGAGGAGGCUCAUGACUUCGUGAGCAAGAGGGACUGCUUAUCAUCCAUUAUGAGAUUAGCUGUUGCUUGUUCGGCAGAAUCACCGGAAGAGAGGAUAAACAUGCAAGAGGCUGUAGCCAUGCUUAAAACAAUCAAGAUCAAGUUUUCAAAGGACUCUGCUGCAAGAGGUGUGGUGGUGAACCAUCGUCCUGUUUCGUAACCCCUUAACUAAUGUGUCGAUAUAUCUUGGCAUGGCAUUUGAUUCCGUACGUAAUUAUGUAAUUGUUUGGCAAUGUGGUUCUGACUCAAGUUUGGUUGGUAAUUCACUCUGCUACUCUGUAUUCAAAAAUAACUUCCAUCUAGCUCUUUCCACUUUGUAGUUUCUGUGUUUUUCUGCUUUGAGGCUAGCUGCUUAAAUAAACCGAAGCAUUACUAUUUUCUCAAA